AUGCCCGCGCGAUCAUUUGCCAGCACAGCCAACGUGGCCCUGUCAAAUAGCGCACCGAGGAGCAUCGAGAAGCAGCAGCAGCAGCAGCAUCAGCAGCAGGCGAGGACCAUCAGCACAAACAGUCCCAAAGAGCAGGCCGCCGCCGCCACUGCAACCAAACCAGCAACUUCAAGACCGGAGCCAUCGCCUGCCUUCCAACAAUCACCCGCCCCUGCUCCCCUCUCACGAUCUCUCGAUGACACGCUCGACGAGACGUUUGUCGGCAUGUCUGGCGGUGACAUCUUUCACGAAAUGAUGCUCCGACAUGGAAUCCGGCACAUUUUUGGCUACCCCGGUGGUGCCAUCCUGCCCGUAUUCGACGCCAUCUACAACUCCAAGCACUUUGACUUUAUCCUUCCGAGGAGAGAGGACGGCGCCGGUCACAUGGCCGAGGCCUACUCGCGUGUUACAGGCAAGCCGGGUGUCGUCCUCGUCACCAGCGGUCCUGGUGCGACCAACGUGGUGACGCCGAUGCAGGAUGCUCUCAUGGACGGCUCGCCCCUCGUCGUCUUCUGCGGUCAGGUGGCCACGAGUGCCAUUGGCUCCGACGCCUUCCAGGAGGCCGACAUGCUUGGCAUCAGCCGCAGCUGCACAAAGUGGAACGUCAUGGUCAAGGACGUCACCGAGCUGCCGCGGCGCAUCAACGAGGCUUUCCACAUUGCCACCAGCGGGCGACCGGGCCCCGUUCUCGUCGACCUGCCCAAGGACGUCACCGCAGGCAUUCUUCGGCAAGCUCUGCCUCGCAGCUGGACCACGCCCAAUCAGGCCGCCCUUCCCAGCCGAGCCACGGCCCGACCGCGAACACGACGGUCCGUCGACAACUCCCUCUCGUCGUCGCAGGUCUCGCCAGAGAUUGAGCACGCAGCGCGACUCAUCAACAAGGCUAAGCGACCUGUCAUCUACGCCGGCCACGGCAUCCUCUCCUCGCCCGAGGGCCCCAAGCUCCUCAAGGAGCUCGCCCACCGCCGCCAGAUUCCCGUCACAACGACUCUCCACGGCCUCGGCUCCUUCAACGAGGAGGACCCCCUGUCGCUGCAGAUGCUCGGCAUGCACGGCAGCGCCUAUGCCAAUCUUGCCAUGCAGGACGCAGACCUGAUCAUCGCCCUUGGCGCUCGCUUCGACGACCGUGUCACUGGCCGCGUCGACAAGUUUGCACCUCACGCAAGAGCAGCUGCCCUCGAAGGGAGGGGAGGCAUCAUUCACUACGAGAUCAUGCCAAAGAACGUCAACAAGGUCGUCCAGGCCACUUGCGCUAUUGAGGGCGACGUCGUCCGGAAUCUCGCCAAGACGCUGCCCCUCGUCGAAGAGGCGCGGAACAAGACAGACUGGCACAAGACUAUCGACGGCUGGAAGAGCAAGUACCCCUUCUACUACGUCCCCAGCAAGGCCGAUGCGCCGUCGAAGCCCCAGGAGAUCAUGGAGGCUCUCGACAGAGCCGUGGGUCCUGAGCGAAAGAAGGACCUCGUCGUCUCGACUGGCGUUGGGCAGCACCAAAUGUGGGCUGCUCAGCACAUCAAGUGGACACACCCGCGCACUUGGGUCUCGUCGGGCGGCGCAGGCACGAUGGGUGUCGGCAUUCCAUUCGCCAUUGGCGCCAAGGUUGCCCAGCCUGAAAAGAUUGUCGUCGAUGUCGACGGCGAUGCCUCGGCCCAGAUGACAUUUAUGGAGCUGGCGACGGCGGUCGAGUUUGGCAUUGGUGCCAAGAUUCUGAUUCUCAACAACAACGGCCAGGGCAUGGUGGUGCAGUGGCAAGAUCUCUUCUACGAGGAGCGAUACAGCCACACAAAGCAAAAGAACCCGGCCUUUACGCUUCUGGCAAAUGCCUGUGGUGCCCACUCGAUUCUCUGCAAGAACAGGGGAGAGCUUGACGAGAAGAUGGCCGAGUUCAUCAACUAUGAUAACUCGAAGCCCGUCCUGAUGGAGGUCAUGACGGACGACCGCGAACACGUCUUUCCCAUGGUCCCCGCCGGCCACGGACUGCACCAGAUGGUCAUCCACCCGGAUCUCAAGGCCAAGAACCCUCUGCCAAACUAG